GCUGUUACAUUUAUUAUUCUGUCUUUAAUUGAUUUUCUUUAAGUGUGUGUAAGUGAGCUGUUGUUGGGUGGCUGAUAUUUCAAUUUGCGAUUUUUUUAGGGUAUACAAUGUACAGAGAAUUAAGCUGUUAUUAUGCUAUUUUACCUAGUUAUUAAAAUGCCUCAAGUAAUAUUGUUAUUCAGCGGCAAGAGAAAAUCUGGCAAAGAUUUCAUAACCACUCAUUUACAGAAGUUGCUAGGAGACCGAUGCGAAGUAUUAAAAAUAUCCCAACCAAUAAAAAGUCAUUGGGCCAAGGAGAAAAAUUUGAAUUUGAAUGAGCUGCUGGGCGACGGAUUCUAUAAGGAACAAUACAGGCUGGAUAUGAUCAACUGGAGUGAGAAGAUGAGGGCAAAAGAUUACGGGUAUUUCUGUAAAAUUGCCACAGACAAUGCUUUGGAAAAACCAAUAUGGAUAGUCAGUGAUAUAAAGAAAACUGAUAUUCGCUGGUUCAAUGAAACAUAUGGUAAUUUAAUAAGAAAUAUUAGGAUAUAUGCUGAUGAUGAGACGAGAGACAACAGAGGGUAUGAGUUCAAGUCCGGAGUGGAUGAUGUUGCUUCCGAAUGUGAUUUGGAUGAUUAUAAUGAAUGGGAUCUUGUUAUUGAUAAUAGCAAUGGCAAGCAAGAUAUAGAAGACCAAUUAAGUAGCAUUAUUAGGUUGGUUGCAAAUUCCUGAUUGAUGUUUAUGAAUGUUAUCUAUUAAUAAGCUAGGUAACUUUUAGAACUGUGUUGGCUAAGUGGUUUUGAGGAUGAUAUCAUCAAUGUAAUAAUAAUAAUAUAAUAUAUCCUGGGACAACUCACACACGGUUAUCUGAUCCCAAGCUAA